AAGCAGUCACAGAAGCAUUUGUUAGACUCCAUGAUCAGGGCUUAAUCUACAGAAGCAACCGAUUGGUCAAUUGGUCCUGUUCACUGAAAUCUGCAAUUUCAGAUAUAGAGGUUGAUAUCAUAGAACUGGAAGGAAAGACAAAACUGAAAGUACCUGGCUAUAAUAGUAAAUUAGAGUUUGGUACCUUGACUCACUUUGCUUAUCCUGUGGACACCUCAUCAGAAGAGAUUGUAGUUGCUACAACUCGCUUAGAAACCAUGCUAGGAGAUACAGCUGUAGCAGUUCAUCCCGAUGACAACAGAUACAAGCAUCUACAUGGUACACAUGUAAGACAUCCGUUCCUGGAUAAACUCCUUCCUGUUGUUUGUGACUCUCAAAUUGACAUGGCAUUUGGAACAGGUGCUGUAAAGAUUACUCCAGCCCACGAUUCAAAUGACUUUGACCUUGGGAAAAGACAUGCUCUGCCAUCUAUAAACAUCUUAGACGAUGAUGGAAAGAUGAACAAGAAUUGUGGUGAAUUUUCGGAUAUGAAGAGGUUUGAGGCCAGGUAUAGGGUGGCCAAUGCUUUAAAAGAGCUGGGACUUCUAAAGGAAAUUAGGAGCCACCCCAUGAGUCUCCCUGUUUGCAGUCGAUCUGGAGACAUCAUUGAGCCUCGCCUUAAGCCGCAGUGGUAUGUUGACUGCAACAAUAUGGCUAAAAAUGCUGUAGAAGCUAUAGAAACUAAAGAGUUGAAACUAUACCCAGAAUUUUAUGAAAAAGUUUGGAACGAAUGGUUGAAAAAUAUCAAAGACUGGUGUAUCUCACGGCAGCUAUGGUGGGGUCAUAGAGUUCCUGCAUAUAGAAUCUGCAAGACACCUCAGGAUGAUGAUGAGGUCGUAUGGGUAGCAGGGCGUGACAUAAAUGAGGCUUUAGAGAAAGCAAGCGAGCUAACAGGACUAGCUCCUGAUGAGAUUACUCUGCAACAAGAUGAAGAUGUACUGGACACGUGGUUUUCAUCAGCCCUUUUCCCAUUCUCCGUAUUUGGAUGGCCCCAACAGACCCCUGAUCUACAAAGGUUCUACCCCACAGAUUUGCUUGAAACUGGACGUGACAUCUUGUUUUUCUGGGUGGCUAGGAUGGUCAUGCUAGGAGAACAUUUAACUGGAAAACUACCCUUCAAACAGGUUCUCCUCCAUUGUAUACUGAGGGAUGCCCAUGGUAGGAAAAUGAGCAAGUCAUUAGGGAAUGUCAUAGACCCAAUGCAUGUUAUUCAAGGAGCAACUUUACAGACCCUGAAUUCUUCUAUCAAGAACUCAAACCUUGACCCAGAUGAGGUUGCCAUAGCAAUAAAGGGUCAACAAAUUGAUUUUCCCAAAGGCAUACCAGAGUGUGGUGCUGAUGUGUUAAGAUUCACACUUUGUUCUUACAAUUUCAAAAGUGACUUUAUCAACAUGAAUGUAACACAUGCAGAGAGCUACAAAAGGUUUAACAACAAGAUAUGGCAAGCCUUCCGAUAUGUCACUAAUAAUUUGGGAUUGGAAUUCCAACCUGAUGAUAAAUUUCAGCUCACCGGUAAUGAGUCUAGUAUGGAUUUAUGGGUACUGAGUCGACUCUCCAAUCUUGUCCAUGUGGCAGAGGCAUGUUUCAACACAUAUGACCUUCACCUUGUUACCAGAGCCAUCUAUCUUUUCUGGUGGACAGACUUCUGUGAUAUUUAUCUAGAAUAUACCAAAUCAACAUUCUUGUCUGAAGACCCAGUGGAGAUUGCUACCAAACGGAAGAUCCUGUACCACUGUGUUCAAACAUGUCUGUGUGUCCUUCAUCCAUUUAUGCCCUUCAUUACUGAAGAGCUCUUCCAAAGGUUACCACGGCAAUCCAGUACAACUGAUAGCAUAUGUAUCAUGCCUUAUCCUAGACCAGAAGAGUUCAUGUUGAGCAAUGCAAAAGUAGAGUCAGAGGUAGAGGAUGUACGCGCAAUAAUGAAUACGAUCAUGUCCAUCAGGAAGGAUUUCAAUGUGUCUUGGAAACUCUCACCAAAUGUUACCUUAACAUGCAGCCAAAGUUCAGGGGACCUUGAUGAAUAUAGAGGGUUUAUACAACAGUUUACAAAAUGUCAACUGAAUAACAAUGAUUCAGUCAAUGAGGGUAGUGUUAGCAGAGAAUGUGGCAAAUAUACAAUAAAUGUGCAAUUAAAGGGCAUGGUUCAGACUUCAGAUCUCAUCCACUCUAUAACACAGAAGCUGGAUAAACUACAACUGAAAGUGGUCAAGUUAACAGAACAGAAUGACAAGAGGAAAAAGAAGUCGAGACUUGAUACUGAAGAGGCAAACUUGCAAUAUCAGGAAAAGGUGAAUGAUAUUAAGACCCAAAUGGCAUCUCUUAACAGCAUCCUAGAGCAAACUAGACAAAUGGAGGACAAUUGAAGA